AUGCUGAAAGCAGAGCCGGCCGCCAAAGCUGUUCCACCACCUGCACCUGCAGGAAACGUGCCAGCAAAACCAGCAAAGCCGAAAGCUCCAAAGCCAGUGGCUGUACAGGCAAAGGCUACAUUGCCAGAUGCUGCUGGAGUCAACGCCUAUCCGAAACCCAAAGCAAAAGGAGUGAAUGCCGUGCAGCCUCCGCCUCCCAAAGAAAAACAACAGCCAGUACCAAAGAGCCAGCCUGCUAUGCAAGCACCUGCGUCUCCUGCAAACGCAGCGCCCAAGCAGGCGAAGCAGCCAGACCCUCAACUUGCCAAAGCACUCCCAAAACCACCUGCCAAGGCACCUGCCACGGCGCCCAAGUCCGAACCACUGCAACCGCCGAAGAAACCGCCACCGGUCAAAGCACCGGCCAAGGCAGAGUUACCUCCCAAAGCUAUGGCUUCAGAGGCCCAGCCCAAGGCCUUGGCCCCGAAGCAACCAGUAAAAGCAAAUGCGUUUCCUCAAAACCAAACUCAACCCAUCAACCAGCCACCCAAAGUCCCAGCGAAAAAACCACCUGGAGCUCCAGGUCCUGGGAAUUCCCCAAUCCAAAAGGCACCAGGCAAAGCAGAAGGGCCUCCAAAUGGUGAGGCAACGAAUGUGGGGACCCCAAAAGCACCAAAAGCUAAACAAGGUGAUCAGCUUAUGCCUCCCAAGGCACCAGCUAAGGCACCGGCCAAAGCUAAAGUCAAAGCACAACCGGCACUAUCGGCACAACCUCCCACAGCGCAGGUGGCUCCGCUUGAUGCAGCGCCUGAAAGCAUUCUGCCCAAAGUGUCUCCUGGAAAUUCGCCACGAAACGACUUGGAAGCAGAGCCAAAGGCAGAGCGGCUUGAAGAUGUUCAGGAGACACAAGGGGCAGGUGAUGCAUCGAACCACGAAAAGCUGGUAAAAGAGCAAAUUGAUUUGGACUUGCCUCGAACUUUCCCAAACACUCCAGAGGUGGAUAGCAGACGGGCUACUAUCCGGAAUGUGCUUUUGACUUACAGCCGGUCCAAUCCCCACAUUGGAUAUUGUCAAGGCAUGAGUUUUCCUGCGGCAGUGCUUUGUGCCAACCUGUCUGAGUCAGCUGCCAACGCAAGGUUCCAGUCUUGCCUGGAGAAAGUGCGAGAGCUUUGGCUCCCUGGAUUUCACAUCUUUGAGACGGUCAAACAGGCAUUUGAUGCGCUCCUCGCACACCAGUCACAGGCGCUUGCCCAAUCCCUUCAAGCGCAGGAUGUCAUCCUCGAUGUGUUUUUGCUGGAUGCCUGGUUAACAAUGUUCGCACGAUGGCUUCCAUUCAAGAUGUUGUUUCGGGUCUUGGAUUUUGUGGAGUCUCAGGGCUUUGCAGGAGUAUUGUCCUUGACAGUGGCAGUGGUGAACUCUCAUUGCCAGUCCAUUGUUGGAGAGAAGGCUGAUGCCAUGCUGCAGCUUUGGACAUGUUUGCAGUGGGAUGUCUCUGAGCCUCCUUUGGAGAAAUUGCUCGAAGUUGCCAAAGGAAUGCUUCCCAAGGCAAGGGAGCUGCUAGCCGAGCAGUGCACCACGUCCCGCCCGGUGAAAGAUGUCGUUGGAUUAGCUUUCGAGAGACAAGGCCCACAGAUUCUCCACGUGGAUACAGGCGCUGACAUUCUGGACCUUUUGUCACAGGAAUCUUGGGAAAAAUGGAAGGCACAGGCUGAGAAGUUUCGAAAGGCUACUCCUAUGGAUCCCUCCGACAAGUCUGAGAAGGACACAAAGGCUAGCAAAAACAGCUUCCUAAGCAUUUUUCGGUGCGGCCGCGCCAGAGCUGACUCAGAUGACCUUCCACCCAAACCAAAGGUUGGAAUGGACACGGAAUGA